GGAUAUCGCAAGUACAAUAAAUCCGGACGUGCCUUCAAGGUUCUGAUCCCGAUUGGAGGAUAUUCGGUCAAAUAUCGUGUAAUCCUGCCUAAGGAUCACUUGGAAGAGAUGAAGCACUUGUCGAACAAUGUUUUCAGCUGGGCACUGGCAUCGGGGGUUAUCUUUGCGCAGGACUAUACUGGCGCUCCAAACCGUGGUCCAUGGUCUGGCAAAGCUCUCCGAGUUGGGAUACAUCAGAACCUGGGGGAUAUCACAAAAAAGCUGGACCAGAAGAUUGACCAAUAUUUCGAAAUGCAUUUGCCACAAAAUCCGACUUCGCCAGGCUCGAUCACAUUCAUGGACUUCUUCGUUCCUGCCAUAGCCAAUAUCACGAACGCUUUGCUCGUUGGGGAGAAGCUUGCUUCUGAGCCCGAAUGGAUCCGUCAGACGUGCGACUUUGCCGUGAAUCGAUACAAAUCUGCAGAUGAUGUACGAGCUUGGCCACCAUAUCUUGCAAGGGCGGUUGCUCCUAUGAUACCAAGUGUCAGGAGACUGCGACAAAGCAGGUCUUAUGUGAAGGCCCAACUUACACCUAUGUAUGAGGGCCUCAAGAGGCGUGAAUUACUGAGUUCAAAUGAGAAAGCAAAGUAUCGCAAGGGUACUUUUGGAUAUGAAUGGCUGUGGGGCGGUGCACCUGAUGAUGUUACUCUGGAUGACUUUUCGGAUACCAUGAUGCGAACUUUGAUCGCAUCCAUACAUACAACUGCAAAGACAAUCAGUGUUGCACUAGUGGACAUGUUGACCCAGACUCAAUACCUGGAUGAGCUACGCGCAGAAGCGAGAGAUGCUAUACUACCAAAUGGAUCAAUCGACAUCGACAGACUCUUCAAGCUGGAUUGCUUUUUGAAAGAAAGCCAAAGGCUUACGCCAGUGUUUUUAUUAACCAUGAACAGGAUCGUCACCCAACCCUACACGUUCAAAGUCUCAGGAACACAUGUUCCAGUUGGGACAAUGACGACUGCUGCUACCGCCGCUAUUGCAACUGAUCCAGAUACCUUCGGUGAUGACUCGAGUGAGUUCGAUGGGCACCGAUUCAUGCGUCUUCGAGAGGACAAUAAGUCUGGCGAAAGCGCAUUUAAGAUGGGAAUGGCCACUGAAGACUCCCUUGGCUUUGGGCUCGGUAGCCAAGCAUGUCCUGGCCGAUUUUUUGCUGUCAAUCAGAUGAAACUUAUGCUAGCAAAAUUUCUUACUCGGUGGGACAUGACCCUUGAG